GUUUUACAAGCUCAGAAAUAAAUGCCAUUGACUCAGCAAGACUUAAAGUGGUUCACUACAAUAUAAAACUAUACUCAUCAAUAGCCAAAACAAACAACUGAAAUCUUUUAGCUUUCAAGAUGGUUCCCAAAAUAUUUUGUUUCCUUCAGCUUUUCACUCUCUUCACUGUUACUUUUGCUUCCACUGAGGAAGCAACUGCUCUCCUCAAAUGGAAAGCAACUUUUCAAAACCAGAAUAAUUCCUUAUUGGCUUCAUGGACACUAAGUGUUGGUGCAUGCACGGAUUGGUAUGGAGUUAUAUGUUUUAAUGGUCAGAUAAACAGGUUGAAUAUUACUAAUGCUGGUGUCAUUGGUACACUCCAUGAUUUUCCAUUUUCAUCUCUACCAUUUCUUGAAUAUGUUGAUCUUAGCAUGAACCAGCUCUCUGGUAUUAUACCCCCUGAAAUAGGAAACCUCACUAAUCUUGUCUAUCUUGACUUGUCGUCUAAUCAGUUUUCAGGCAAAAUCCCAUCACAGAUUGGCUCACUGUCAAAGGUUGAGAACCUCUUCAUCAUUAAUAACCAUUUAAAUGGUUUCAUUCCUGUUGAAAUAGGGAGACUGAAAUCACUUGAGAUUUUAGGCUUACAGAAUAACAGUCUUUCUGGUCUAAUUCCAAGAACUCUAGGUGGCUUAACUCAGCUCAAAAUUUUGUGGCUUUAUUCUAACCAACUUUCUGGUCUCAUUUCUAGUGAGUUGGGGAAUCUGAAAAACAUCAAUGACCUAGAUUUAUCUAAUAAUAAGCUUACUGGUUCAAUUCCAAUUACUUUAGGUGACUUAACUGAGCUCAAAAUUUUGUACCUUUAUUCUAACCAACUUUCUGGUCUCAUUCCUAGUCAGUUGGGAAAUUUGAAAAACCUCAAUGAUCUGGAACUAAGCAAUAAUCAACUUACUGGUUCAAUUCCAAUUACUUUAGGUGACUUAACUGAGCUCAAAAUUUUGUACCUUCAUUCUAACCAACUUUCUGGUCUCAUUCCUAGUGAGUUGGGGAAUUUGAAAAACCUCAAUGAUCUGGAACUAUGCACUAAUCAACUUACUGGUUCAAUUCCAUUUACUUUAGGUGACUUAACUGAGCUCAAAAUUUUGUACCUUCAUUCUAACCAACUUUCUGGUCUCAUUCCUAGUCAGUUGGGGAAUUUGAAAAACCUCACUGAUCUGGAACUAUCCCAUAAUAAUCUUACUGGUUCAAUUCCAAUUACUUUAGGUGACUUAAUUGAGCUCAAAAUUUUGUACCUUCAUUCUAACCAACUUUCUGGUCUCAUUCCUAGUCAGUUGGGGAAUUUUAAAAACCUCAAUAGGGUGGUUUUAUCCUAUAAUCAGCUUACUGGUCCUGUUCCUGUUUCCUUUGGCAAUUUGAGAAACUUGCAGAUACUAAAUCUCGAUGCCAACAAACUUUCAGGUUCUAUUCCAAAAGAAUUUGCAUAUUUGGAUAACUUGGUUUCAUUAUCAAUGAGUUACAAUCACUUUUCAGGCCAUUUGCCAGAGUGGCUUUGCAAAGGUGGGAAACUUGAGAUUUUCACGGUGGAUAAUAACAGGCUUACAGGGCCAAUCCCAAGAAGCUUGAGCAAGUGCUCGAGUUUCAAAAGGGUUCGCUUCAAUAACAACAACUUUACUGGGAAUUUAUCUGAAGCUUUUGGCAUCCAUCCAGAGCUUCGGUUCAUUGAUUUGAGCGACAAUGAUUUUCAUGGUGAACUCAGCAGUAACUGGGGAAAAUGCAAAAAAUUAAUUGAUUUGCGUGUAGCCAGAAAUAACAUUAGUGGUUGCAUACCACCAGAGAUUGGAAAUGUCAAAGGGCUUUUAGGACUUGAUCUUUCAUCUAAUCAUUUGAUUGGGCAGAUUCCAAAGGAAUUUGGAAAAUUAACCUCUCUGGUUAAGCUUUCUGUGCAGAACAACAAUAUCUCUGGAUAUAUACCGGAGGAACUUGGGUCACUGACAAAGUUAGAGUCCCUCGAUCUAUCAUCCAACAGAUUGAAUGGAUCAAUCCCGAAGUGUAUAGGAGAUUUUGUGCACUUGUUUCAGUUGAACCUGAGCAACAACAAGUUUGGCCAGAAUAUUCCAAAGGAUAUAGGAAGGAUAACUCAGCUUAAUGUACUUGAUUUGAGCUACAAUCUUCUGGUUGGAGAUAUACCCCCUCAGUUAGCCAAUUUGAAGGUCUUGGUAAACUUAAAUCUUUCCCACAAUGGCCUAUCUGGAUGCAUUCCCAAAGAACUUGAAAGUUCAACUGGUUUGCAUGAUGUCGUUUUGUCAUACAAUGAGUUGGAAGGUCCAAUCCCUAAUAAUAAAGCUUUUAUCAAUGCCUCAUUGGAGGGUAAUAAAGGUCUUUGCGGCAAUGUAGCAGGACUCCAUCCCUGCGAAAUGUCGUCUUCUGUGGUGAAGAGGCACUCAAUGGCGAAGGGACGUAAACUCAUCCUCAUCACUGUACUUCCUGUUAUGGGAGCACUGGUACUGCUCUGUGUUUUCAUUGGUGUUCUCUUUAUGUGUAAUAAAAGGAGGAGAGUUAGAGAAGUUGAAAGAAGGGAUGGUGAUGGUUGGCUUUCGAUAUCCAUGUUAGAUGGGAAGGAAUUGUACAGGGACAUCUUAAACGCCACAGAAGAGUUUGAUGCAAAAUUUUGCAUUGGGCGAGGAGGUCACGGAAGUGUUUACAAGGUAAACCUUCCAUCAUUAGGGAAUAUUGCUGUGAAGAGACUUCAUUCUUCAUUUCAGAAUACACAUCCCAAAAGCUUCAUCAAUGAAGUAAGGGCAUUGACUGGGAUUAAGCACCGAAACAUUGUGAACCUCUACGGCUAUUGUUCGAAAGCA